AUGGCUCCAAAUGAUACAUUUAUCCACGUAAGGGAAGCACCAGGUUCUAGUAGUUCGCACGGAAUGGGCGAGAAGUCCUUCCAUAUUCCCAUGUCCUACCCGCUCAACUCCAGACCAAGCAUGGCACAGUCAAGGAUCACCGUACCAGAGGACCAAGAUAAAUGGAACGAUGAACACACGGAUGACGAUGGUGAAUUAUCCAAGCUUGGGAUGACUUGGCAACGCCUGCGACGAAACGUCUUAAUCCGAUAUACCUUCUACAUCGUUCCCGUCGCUGUCUUGCUCGCGAUACCGAUUAUUCUCUGCGCGACAGUGUAUGCAGAUGCAAGAAUAAUGUCGCACUUCCACGGCACAAAACUACAACCUAUCUAUACAUCUAAUAUCACUAGUAUAGACGACUCACCAACUAGCAACAUUACAAAUAUCUACAACAUCACAUCGUCGGAAAUUUACGAGCAAGUCCAGACCAGUGACGAUGGAGGAAUUCGACUUCUCGGCCUCUUCAUCUGGAUCGAGGUUGUUUGGGUUCUCCUGUGGGUGGCCAAGCUGCUCGCACAGUUUGUUCCAGUACUCUACCAGACAGUGGCUGGGGCUGUGCAGACUGGCAUCAGAAAGUACGCAUUGGUCCUCAAAGCUGUUGAAAUUCCACUCUCGCUUUUCUUCUGGGCCAUUCUUGCCAUCGCUUGCCGCUCAAUCAUCUGGACUUUCGACCAACCAUUUCACAAGAAAUAUUCUGGACAAAUUCAAUGGCUCAGCGUGCUUCAUAACGUUAACAAGGCCACCAUCGGUGUCACGGCGCUGUAUUUGGUGCAGAAGUUAUUGAUUCAAAUGGUCAGUGUCAAUUAUCAUGGCAAAAAGCAAUAUGACACCAUCAAGGAAUUGGAGACUCUCAGUCGUGCAAUUGAGACCAUGUAUGACGUGUCCCGAAGACAGUUCUAUGACAGCCACCCUGCGUUUAGAGAGGAAGACCUUGACAUUCAUGAUGUGCGUGGAUACCGCAAAGACAAAUACGGGCGCCGAAAAGGGAAUUCAGACUCUGCUGCGGUUUUCAUGACGUCCCUCGGAACCACCGGUGACAAGAUCACAUCUAUCCUGGGAUACAUGGCAAGCGACAUUGCCGGUCAACAGGUCCUCACACCAACAGCAUCAGGAGCUAUCGUCGAGGCGGCACUUGACAGACCUGUCGCAGCCGAAGCUCUAGCACGCCGCAUCUGGAACUCGUUCACCAAUUUCGGCGCUAACAAGUUGGAUGAAGCAUCAAUUAGGAACAUGUUUGGACCUGGCUGCGAGGCUCAGGCGAUGUAUAUCCUUCGCAAAGUCGAUACGGAUGGUAACGGUGAUGUGACACUCACCGAGAUGAUCGAUCUAGUCAAGAAAGUUGCUGCGGAUCGAAAAACCAUCUGGGAAGGCGCAAGCAACGUCAAGGAUGCCAUCAAGGUGCUGGAUAGAGUCCUGAGCGUGUUCGUGCUUAUCUUCAUCUUCUUGAUCUACGCGGCAUUCUUCUCCGAUUAUCUCGCCAACCACUAUACUCAAGUGUGGUCUACCUUCACAGGUUGUUCCUUCCUCUUCGCUAGCACUGCCGGCGAGCUUUUUGCCGCGUGCAUCACCGUCUUCAUUAAACAUCCAUAUGAUGUCGGAGACCGCAUUUCAAUCAACGAUACCGACAUGGACGUGGUCAAGAUCUCUCUGCUCUAUAGUGUGUUCAAGGAAGUAUCAUCACGUCAACUGGUCCAGAUCCCCAACUCGACCAUCAACGGCCUAUGGAUCCGGAACAUCACCAGGUCCAAGCAACUGAAGGAGCAUAUCACCGUCAACGUUUCUGCCGACACCUCUUUCGAAGAUCUCGAAAUCUUGCGCAGUCAGCUAGCUGCCUUUGUCGCGGAGCACAACCGCGAUUUUCUCGCAGACGUGGAUAUCCAACUGACAUCCGUCUCGGACAUGAAGCAGCUCGAGCUUCGUAUUGAAUACGAACACAAGGGCAACUCCGCAUCUGACCAGACACGUGCUCACCGCCGCAGCAAGUUCACGUGUGGUCUGCUGUCGGCCAUGCGAAAGGUUCCCAUCGCUGGCCCGGGUGGAGGCGGUCCUGGUCCCGGAAGCAAGGAAUCUCCCACAUACACGGUCACCAUUUCGGACCAAGAGUCCAGGGAAGCUAAGGCAGUAUUUGACGAGACCAAAGACUCCAAGCGCUUGAUCCCAAAGAAUAGCUCUCCACCAGCAGCAGCAGCCGCCGGGGUGUCGCUUGCUGUCGGAGGCGCGAGGGGAAGCACCGCUCUCGAAAUCCUACCGAGCUUGCUGAGGCAGGGUAAGCCCAAGCCCUCGGAAGACGGCAUAUAUCAACGACGGUGA